AUGAAUAAUGAGUUUGCAUUCAUCACUCAAAACACAAUCCGUGAAGUAAAUUAUUUCUAUGAGACAAGAAACUUUAAUGCAAUAAAUAAUAGUUUUUUGAAUUAUCCGCAAUGUUUUCUGUUACUUGGUCAUGGUAGAAGCACUAAUGCUGCAAAAAUUACAAGAUCAUUAGAAGUUCCUUUGCUGAGUAAUAAAGGUAAUCUUGGUGAAUCUGAUUUUGAUAGAUCAACGAAUCUUCAUCCCGAUAUUCAAGCAAUGUAUAAGAGAAUUAAAUUACUGAAUAAAAUCGAUCCCCUUUUGGAAACAUCUGGGAUAUUAUUAAUAAACAAUGAACAUUUUGAUUAUGAAAAUUGUAUAAUUACAAUAAUACAGGAACUGGGAAAUAUUAAGUGGUUGUUUAGAUAUUCCCCAUCGUUUAAUAAAGAGAUUCUUCUAGAUUGUUACCUGCUAAAUCAAAUUGGAGACGCAAUUAGUAUUAAAAAAACGUAUUUUGAAUUAGAGACAGAAAAGUAUAGUUUCAAAACUGAGCAAUUAAAAAAGGAGCUAGAUACAGAAUUUAAUUAUAAUGAUAAAAACUAUUCUCUCUCAAAAUAUGAGAAUGAAAUAGCAGAUCAAAAGAGAGUAAUUUUACAAAUUGUGAAAAAUAUUGACAAGAUUACAGGCUAUAUAAAAAAUGGCGGCAGGGAUCCAGAUAUUCUGAAUAAAAUAGCAUUACUUUUAUAUCAACUAAAGAAACCACCUACCGAGGACAUAGAAUAUGAACUAAUGAAUCAGGAAAGUGAGAUUGAUAUCAUCAAUAUUGCAUGCAAACAAUUGGAAAUUGCGAAUAAAUUAGACGGUAAGUAA